AUGGACCAGGACUACGAGCGGCGUCUGCUGCGGCAGAUCAACAUCCAGAACGAGAACGCCAGCCCCAUCAAAGCCCCUGAAGUCAUGCGAACUCUGACGCCCACCAACUCGCCCAUGUCUUCCCCAAGCAAACACGGGGACAGGUUCAUCCCCUCCAGAGCCGGGGCCAACUGGAGCAUCAACUUCCACAGAAUCAAUAACGAGCUGCUGGGGGCAGGCAUUGAGAAAGUGCAGGACCCCCAGACAGAGGAUCGAAGACUGCAGCCCUCCACUCCAGAGAGAAGGAGCCUCUUCAAUUAUUCUCUCAGUGCCAAGCGCUCUACACCAGAUGAUGGAAAUGGUGUUUCCCCCUACUCCCUAUCUCCAGUCAGCAGUAAAAGCCAGAAGCUGUUACGCUCCCCUCGAAAACCCACACGGAAGAUCUCGAAGAUCCCUUUCAAAGUGCUGGACGCCCCGGAGCUGCAGGACGAUUUCUACCUGAACCUGGUGGACUGGUCUUCUCUCAAUGUGCUCAGUGUGGGCUUGGGCACUUGCGUCUAUCUCUGGAGCGCCUGCACCAGUCAGGGAAACCUGGUAGCAGUGGGAACUCACAAGGGAUUUGUACAGAUCUGGGAUGCUGCUGCUGGAAAGAAGCUGUCGACGCUGGAAGGACACACAGCUCGCGUGGGGGCCUUGGCCUGGAAUGCUGACCAGCUCUCUUCCGGCAGUCGGGACAGGAUGAUUCUCCAGCGGGACAUCCGAACACCCCCCUUGCAGUCGGAGCGCCGGCUACAGGGCCAUCGGCAGGAGGUGUGUGGCCUGAAGUGGAGCACCGACCACCAGCUGCUGGCAUCUGGAGGCAACGAUAACAAGCUGCUGGUCUGGAACCACUCGAGCGUGAUCCCAGUGCAGCAGUACACCGAGCACCUGGCAGCAGUGAAGGCCAUUGCCUGGUCCCCCCACCAGCACGGGCUGCUGGCCUCGGGAGGAGGCACUGCCGACCGGUGCAUCCGCUUCUGGAACACGCUGACCGGCCAGCCCCUGCAGUGCAUCGACACCGGCUCGCAGGUCUGCAACCUGGCCUGGUCCAAGCACGCGAACGAGCUGGUACGUAUGGGCCCGGAGACGGCCGACACGGCAUCUGCCUAG